AAAAAUGAGACGGGAGUUUUAAACUCUGAGGACUCAUCAUGGAACACUCAGAAGGACAUCACUUCAGCUCAGUGGAAGAGGAAACCAGAUACUGGAAAGAGCUGGCUAUGAAAUACAAGCAGUGUGCUGAGAGUACACAGGAGGAAUUGCGUGAAUUCCAAGAAGGGAGUCGAGAGUAUGAAGCUGAACUGGAGGCUCAGCUGCAGCAAACAGAGUCCAGAAACAGAGACCUUCUGUUAGAAAACAAUCGUCUGCGAAUGGAGCUGGAGUCAGUUAAGGAAAAGAUUGAAAUGCAGCAUUCAGAAGGAUACAGGCAAAUCUCUGCACUGGAAGAUGACUUGGCACAGACAAAAGCUAUUAAAGAUGAACUUCAGAAAUACAUUCGAGAACUUGAGCAAGCAAAUGAUGACUUGGAAAGAGCAAAAAGAGCCACUAUAAUGUCUCUGGAGGAUUUUGAACAGCGUUUAAACCAGGCUAUUGAAAGAAAUGCUUUUCUGGAGAGUGAGCUGGAUGAGAAAGAAAACCUUCUGGAGUCCGUGCAGCGCCUGAAAGAUGAAGCUAGAGAUCUACGACAGGAGCUUGCGGUGCAGCAGAAACAGGAGAAACUCAAAACACCAAUGCGAACUACCCUGGAAACGGAAAGAACAGACACUGCAGUUCAGGCGUCCUUAUCUGUGCCUUCAACUCCCUCGGUGCACCGGACACCCAACAUCAACAUACCCACCCCUGCAACAUAUAGGAGAGGUCUUGAGGACAGUUACGGUGCAACCCCUCUCACACCUGCUGCAAGAAUAUCUGCACUUAACAUCGUGGGAGACUUGCUGCGAAAAGUGGGGGCUUUGGAGUCCAAACUUGCAUCUUGCCGAAACUUUGUGUAUGACCAGUCUCCAGACAGAACCGCGGUGUCCAUGUACAUGAACAGAGAUGUCCUUGAAACGCGCCUGAACCUGCUGGAGAGCAGCUCUGUGGAGAGAGACCUGGUGAAACGUCUGGAGUUUGGAACACGGCCUUCAAAUAUUCCGGGACCAAUGAGUCAUCCCUCGCGAAGUGUUGUCAAGAUGCUGCUAUGA